AUGAAAUCUGAAGCUUCUCAUCGACGCCCAAAAUGGAGGAGACUGAGAAAGCGUACUGAAAUUUCAAGCAAAGAUUCAAUGGGGUGUUUGCCAGAAGAACUGAUCGCAGCAAUUCUUGUAAGAGUUCCCGUUAAAUACCUCUUACAGUUCAAAUGUGUUUCCAAAAAUUGGUUUAAUUUGAUUUCCAGUCCUGAAUUUGUGAAAACCCAUCUUAGUUUUUCUGCUAAUGAUUACACCCGCCAUAUAUCUCUGUUACAAUUUCGGGAAGAUAUUAAAUAUUGUUCUGUUAGCUCUUUAUUUCAUAACUCUGUUAAUGAGGCACUUGAUUUGGAUUGUCCCAUGAAAAAUCCACCUCAACGUGUCUAUAUUUCGGGUUCUGUUAAUGGGUUGGUUUGUCUUGCCGAUGGGUUUAGUGGGUUGGUGCUAUGGAAUCCAUCAAUUAGAAAGUUCAAGAAAGUGUUCGGCUUUGUGCCUACACAGAUGCGUGAAUGCUGGUCCAAGUGUGGUUUUGGAUAUGAUGAGGUUCACGACGAUUAUAAGGUAGUGGGUAUUUUUAGUAGCAUGAUUAAGGCCAAUUUCGAGGCCGCGAUAUAUAGUUUAAACAGUGAUUCUUGGAGAACACUUGAAGAUUUUAAACCUGGGGUGAGUUACUGUGGUGAGGCUAAAUUUGUGAAUCAUAAGCUUCAUUGGAUUACAUUUCGUAGACGUCGUAUGCGCAUCACGUCUAUUGAUUUGGUUGAUGAGAAAUGGGGAAAGUUGGAGCUGCCCAGCUACAACAAAGGACGAGAUUUGAAGCUUGGAGUGUUGGGAAGUGAUCUUUCGGUCCUCUGUAAUAAUGAUGAGAGAACUCACUCGGAUGUGUGGGUAAUGAAGGAAUAUGGAGUUAAAGCGUCUUGGACAAAAAUGUAUACCAUCAGGUAUCCUGAGAACUAUGAGCUUUCUCCGCCUCUUUUCACAUAUAAUAAAGGUGAAAUUCUGCUCGCGUUUAAAUCAAUUUUCGCGAUAUACGAUCCAAAGAAUGACUCUCUCACAUAUCCAGAGGUUCCUAAUGUUGAGGUUGCUGGUUUUUACAACAGAAUUGAGGCGGAACUUUGCAUUGAAAGCCUAGUUUGUCCGGAUUUACCAAACGAAGAUUGA